UGCACUUGGCGACCAUAUCGGCCGUCAGGGAAAGAGAACGACAACGGGAAGAGGGGAAUAAGAUUAGUUUUUCCUAAAAAGAUUCACAAAAUGUCGGCGGCAUUAUCGAUGAAUCGACUCUUAGUUUGCGUCUUGAUAAGCAUCCGUUUAUGAAAAUAAAAUAAUCUGUUUUAAUUUUAUUUGCCGACUUCUCCCAACACGGGAAAAUGUAUCUGACUUUUCUUGGACGCAUUUUUUCCGCAAACAAAAGAAAACCUUCGAAAAAAUAGUAAACGAACAACACAGAAAAAUCGUGCAGGUGCCCCCACCUCAUGGAGAAAGUAGGCAAGGUGUGGAGCAACCUGAAGAAGGGAUGUCAGUCUCUGCUCCACCCAGAUAGAGGUUCCCAUGGUGAAAUGCGGCCACCGACACAAACACACCCAUGUUGUCAGAGUGUGGACCAGACCCAGGGAGAAAAUGAAAGGGAACCAGCCAGUCCUUCUCGCAGCUUGUCGGCACUCCCUCUAGUGUCCCGGAGGGUUAAUGGCAGCAAGGUGCGCCGAGGUCAUAACUGCGUAGCAGAUGUGCCCCAGAUAUUGGAGAUUACAGUAGAACAGGAGGCUGAGGAUGGGCGUGGCCCUCUGGGAACUCGCAGGGACUCAUACUCACGCCACGCCCCCUGGAGUGGCAAAAAAAGGCACUCGUGCUCCACCAAGGCACAGAGCUCCCUGGAGAGCACUGAGCGACGGAGUGGCCGCUCACGCCGCCGGCAUGGUGCCGAAGACCUGGAGUCCGGUGUGCCGCGAUCUCUGCGCCAGCAGUUCCACGACACGAUGGGCUUGUGCCUUCCGCUGCGCUCGUCCACGCGGGGCACCCAAGCACGGCCUCCCAAGCGCAAAAUCCAGAUCACGGAGCUCAUGCUGGAGACAUGCCCCUUCCCGCCUGGCUCGGACCUCGCCCGGAAAUGGCACCUCAUCAAACAGCACACAGCGCCUGUUCCGUCUUCGAUGGCCUGCUCGAAGGACGCACCCGAUGCCGCUCAUGCUUCCCCGGAGGAUGAGGAGGAGCGGCUGCGUGAGCGACGGCGGCUGAGUAUAGAAGAGGGCGUGGAUCCGCCGCCUGAUGCCCAGAUACACACGGUAGAGGCCAUCACAGCUCCCUUGGCCUCCAUCUACAAGCUGGGACCCAAACUGGCACCCGGGAUGGGCGAGGCGCCGGGUGAGAGCCGGGGGGCCACGGCGACUGACUGUGAUUCCGAGGAUGACGACACCACCAUGCUCUGCCUGCAGGCACGCCGGCCCAAGCAGCGGCACGCGUCCUUGGAGGGCCAGGCGGCUUGCAAGCAGCCAGGGCCCUGGAAGGUUCACACGCAGAUCGACUACAUCCACUGCCUGGUUCCGGACCUGCUGCAGAUCACGGCGCUGCCUUGCUACUGGGGGGUGAUGGACCGCUACGAAGCCGAGGCACUGCUGGACGGCCGGCCCGAGGGCACCUUCCUGCUGCGCGACUCUGCCCAAGAGGACUACCUGUUCUCUGUCAGCUUCCGCCGCUAUGGUCGUUCUUUGCACGCCCGCAUUGAGCAGUGGAACCACAACUUCAGCUUUGACGCCCACGACCCGUGCGUGUUCCACGCCGCCACGGUGACGGCACUGCUCGAGCACUACAAGGACCCCAGUGCCUGCAUGUUCUUCGAACCGCUGCUCACCUCGGCCCUCCACCGGACCUUUCCAUUUGGGCUGCAGAGCCUGGCGCGGGCCGCCAUCUGCCGCGGGACCAGCUACGAUGGCAUCGCGGCACUGCCUCUGCCCCAGACGCUGCAGGACUACCUCAGGGAGUAUCACUACAAGCAGAGGGUGCGCGUGCGCUGGCUGGAGCGAGAGCCGCUCAAGGCCAAGUGAGCCAGCACGCAAGGCAGGGCUCCACUGAUAGAUGGGGGGACUCUGCGUGGGAGGGGCUUACACUGUGUACCUAGAGGCAAAUGUGGAGGGGACUGGCCUCUCUCCCAGAAGAGUACAUUCAGAGCUCCUAGGUUCUUUUGUGAGGAAAGGCUUUGAGAUUGAGGGCUGAGGAAUGUCGGGGGGGCAAAGGGGUCUGAAUUUGAACACAACAUAUAAGCUUCUGUCAUAUGUUUUCUUUCGUUUAUUUGUUAUUACUUAAAACAAACAAAUACAUAUAAAGCUACUGUUUCAAGUAGACACAUUACAGUUCUACAGCUUCUGAACUGGCUGAUUGAAGCAGUGGGGGCUGGAGGUCCAGUUUCCCAUCCCCCGGGUUUUUUGGCAUUGCUCAGAGGAGGAUGGGAGGAGAAAAGAAUCUCCCACUGCUUAACUAUAUGGUUUUGUUUUUUCACUCUGCUGGUUCUCUUUUCCACACUUAGUUUUGCAGUUGUUCACCUCCCUGCUUACUUCAGAAUGCAUCUCAAAAGCAUUGUAAACUUUUUCUGGUCAUAUCAUGGACGGUUUUGGCCACGGGGGGUGGGGGGUGGAGUUAAGGGACUGAGCUUUGAUCAAGUUCUUACGUUUACCCAUAAUCCUUUGCUUUCAUGGUGCUCUAUUAGUGGUUUCCAAGGUAACGUUCUUUGCUAACCGUCUUGUUAUGAGUCAAACAGAUAUCGAAGAGCAGGACACCGAGGGGAUUUACUCUGUUCACAGAGAACAAGUGAAAGAGAGCUGUGAAAGAUGGAUUGAUGUAGUACCAUGUGUCUACACAGCUGUCCGAAGGCCCCGCUGUCCACAGAAGGGCUCUGUGACAUUCUGUUUUGUUUUGUUUUUCCUCACUUCCAGGAAGUGAUGUGGACAAUGAUGCAUAAAUGUGGCUACAGUAUUGGUUGUGUCAUGUGAUGUAAGUGCGCCUGGUUUUCAAAAAACGUAGUCACUAUAUACGUGAACGUUGUGUUGCUAUCAGUAUGUUUUGUAAUCAUUAAUUCCUGCCACUAAUUGCACAGGGGGUGGUGUGAAUUCUAAUUGUGUCGUGUUUUUUGUGAAUGGACAGUAGGAAAAGGGCACUGAUGAAGGUCACUUUAACUCAACUGUGCUUAUGUUAGUGGGAGCAGAAGAGGCAAUAUAUAAUCUUGCAACACUGGGACCAUUGUUGUUAGUCAUACACUUACUUAUAGAUGCACACACACACACACACACACACACACACGCACACACACACACACA